UUCUCUCUCCUCUUUCUCUCUCUUGUUCGAAAAGAUUUCUCAGAAUUCUCUUCGUAUUUCUCUUUCCACAGUCUGCAAAUUUCGUACCCAAAAAUCAAAGGGGGGAAAAGAAAAAACCUAAAAUGGAUUCGCAGAAGACGAUUCAACUCGAAGGGCGGAGGGACGAUCCACUCCGGUACGGUAUCCACGGUGUGAAGAGCGAUAUCAUUGAACCUCACCCCCUUGAGUCCGCCUAUCACUCGUCGAAGGCGAGGCAAGAAGAAAUCAAGAGGAAAAUUUUGACGAACACAUACGGAGCUGCGUUUCCGAUGAAGCAGCAGCUCGAUCGUCAGAUUCUCUCCAAGUUUAAAAGGCCUCCUGGAGCUAUACCAUCUUCUUACCUAGGUUUAGAGGCCACAACCGGAACUUUGGAUGAUAUUGGUUUCGAAGACUAUCUUAACGAUCCAAGAGAUUCCGAGACGUUUCGUCCAAUCGACAUGCACCACGGUAUGGAAGUUCGUCUUGGGCUUUCGAAAGGACCAGCACACCCUACUUUCAUGUGAAGCACUGACCAAUUGCUGGGACUGAAUUUUGAGUCUUUAAUCAUACUGUUUGCUUAGAUUAAAGAUUCUUUAAUGUAGUAAUAACAAUGUGGCACUGGUCUGUAUUCGAACAUAUUUGGCUAGUCAAAGAGAAGACCAAUUUCCUGUCUUUCUAUUUGGUAAUACAUUCCCAAAUUUAAUUUCAUUGCCAUUCUGCCUGUUGUUAUU